GCGCUUCUCGGAGGAGAUGCCCCGAAGGCCGAGUCGGAGCCACUUCUCUGCACAUCGAAAGCAGUUCGGACCACGAGAAAAUGUGCCGAUUGUCUCCUUGUAAUCAACGCCGCACCGUCCGCUUCGUAUUUAAAUAAUAAUUCCCCCACCCCCGCGGUUCUUCAACGGUGCGAAGCCGGUUGUCAAGAUGGUCAGUGAUUCCUCUUCAGCUCAGUCAUCUAUGCAUGAGAUGUCCGUGGACCUGGACCCGGUCAAUACAUAUUUGGUAGCAGACACGUCCGUCCUGAUAAGAUCAUUGCCCAUGGUGCGGGCUCUUAUCGAGUCGAGUCUACCGUACUCCGUGUAUAUACCCUACAUUGUACUUACGGAAUUGGAUAGAGGGAGUACAGCCGCCCCCGUCAACCGACUUCUAUGUCGGUACAUGAAGCAGAAACAACCUCGGGUUAUUGCUCAGGGCGUUCUCGGCCACAAGGACGUCGCCCAGGCCUGUGGUGUCGUACUUAAAAAUGAUGAUCUCAUUUUGGGCGCCGCUCUCAAACUCAAAGAGAAAGGACUCAAAACUGUGAUGCUCACCAAUGACAAUAAUCUCAGUGUGAAGUCAUGCGCCAACGGGCUCUCCUGUUGGUCAUCGGUGGACUCCAUGUGCAAACUCAGGGAUGCGAUUCCCGAGAUGGAUCAUUUCAUUAUCAAGGAUCUCAGAGAGCUUUGUCAAAACGCGCAGCAGCUCUUCACGUUCUGCACGGAUCUCCUCAUGUGCGCCUUGAAGUUCCAGCUGGGAGAAGAAAGCCAGCUGACUUCUGUUAACAAUGGACUCGUCUACAGACUAGUAGAGAGAGUCAAAGAGCGGAAGAUUGUGAGGGAUUCGGAUCUCCUAGAUCGAACCGUAGCCUUGAUCAGAGAAAGUCGGAAGAGAGGACGUCAUCUGACCCACGACAGCGUCCAACGCUUCCUGAGACAUGUUUGUGCGAUUCUGGAGACCCUGAAGUCGAAGGAUGCCGUCGCAAGAAUCCUCAACGUUUGCAAAGGGAUUUUCUUCGCAUUGAAGAGUUAUCCGCGAGCCACCUCGAAAGCAAGUCUCUCGUCGAGCAUUGUCGAGCACAAAACGAACAGACGCUUCGAAAGUAUGUCAGGCGCACAGAGGAGGCAGGUUAUAGACAUCGUAACGAAGGCUGACAAGGCUCGCAGGAAGAGUGACCGUAUAAAGAAAGACAUCUCCAAACGAAAGAAACUCCCUAAAGUCGGGAGCACCGGAGACGCAGUCGAUUCUGACGACCAGGACGAUGGGAUGGAUGUCGACGACGAGUGCGCUGAGGGAUCUUCGCAACUCAAGGCGACGAUCUCAGCUGGGCCGAUGUUCCGGGGGCAUGACACGACCGCAGAGAUGUCGACUAGAUAUUCAAUAGGAGUCGAAGUUAUACCGAAGCGACCUCAGCAGACCUUCGGGCCACUCGUCGGAGACGACAUCAGAUGCUCUCCGGUGUACCACAUGUUGGAAACGGUCUGGAACUUCUUGCACUGCGUUUCCGGUUCUUGGGCUUCCCGGUGCGGAGUCGAAUAUUGCUGGAAGGCAAAUCCAGAGGCCGGUCUUGAAGUAAAACUCACCACUCUCGCAGAAUUCGCUGAAUCUCUCGGGAGGAUUGAAGAGGAUUACUCCCGUUUGCUCAAGCUCGGCAACAGCGUCUCCUCGGAACUCUUGCUGACAGUGGCGGAGAGAUUUAUCAAAGUUUUGAGCGAAGUGUGUGCUAAAAUUUUCACCGCAACUCCUCGGGAAGUUGUUCAAUUCUUCCAAGAUGAACGCACAAGUGAUAUAUUAUUGCAUGGUCGCACACAGCUGGGAGCGUUCCGGGACGCAAUUGUCAGAUGUCGCAAUAAGGAGACACAAAAAACCUUGGCGCGUCUCGCGAACGUUGAGCCAAACUCGUGACGCUGUCUCUAGAAUGGGUGUUUUCGUUACGAAGAAUUAAGUUAUCUAGUCUUCCGCAGUUCGCGGUAAAAAUCUUGUUUUGCGGAGGAAUCGGGAGAUUUAGUACAGUCCCCCCUCGGCUCACAUCGUGUUUCUAGAAUUUAGAAGUCGUUCGAACUCAAGUCCGAAUUUAAAGUCUGAAUUUCCAUUCGUCGAGCCUCUACUGUGUAAAAAUUGCAGUGUCGACAUUCCAUGUUGUUCUUACGGAUACUCAAUUUUUCAUCAUGUGCCAAUAAAGGUCCGUAUUGUUGAGCUUUUAA